AUGACACAUAGCACAGAAAUAGCCCAUACCAAAGAGGACUCAAAGUGCAGGGUUCUUAUUGUAAAUGGAGGCUCUUUCGGAAAACGAAUAAAGCACGAGCUGGAGAAGAAAGACAUACGAGGAGUUCAUCUGGUGUCUACAGAGUGCUGCACACAAAAGAGAAACACACUGUACAAAACCUUUAUCCAUGCAGCAGCAGAAGUCAUAGACAGAAAGCAGUACUACAGCGACUAUUCGAUCAAGAUAGAAAAAAGAUCGAAGAUAAACUGGAUAGAGAUAAGGGAUAGAAUAAAGGAAAAAAUAGCACAGGUAGAAAUGAAACAAGCUCCUGUGAGCACAUGCACAGUUAAAGAGAUGAACCAGAAGAUAUACAUAGAUAGCGAAGAGUGCAGUGCAGAAAACAUCAUUAUGGUCAAUUCACAUGUCUCAAGUGAAAUCGGUUUCAACAAUAUAUGGAUUAAGUUACUGGAAAUGGAAAGCCUUCCCAAGCGAGUUUUCAUCAACGGGUGCAACAAGCACUCAAUUGAAGCAGCCUCAAUGCUCUCGGAUCUAGGCAGUAAAGUCUAUCUAAUGUCUCCAGGAAAAGAUUUAAUGGUUGGCUACGACAAAAAUAUCCAGGAGUCAGUAAAGUCCAUCCUAUUGGACAAGGGAGUGACUCUUUUUUUCAACUCCUCCCUAGCAGAUAAAGACGUGCUGAAUAAGCCAAAAAUAAGAGUGCGGAUGCCCUCUGGAAUAGAUCACGCAGUGGAGAACGUUGAUUUAUAUCUGUAUGAACACGAGCACUCGCUUUCGAAAGUCAAAAAAGGAAGCCAGUACGUUUUUAAGGUAGCAGAGCCUAGUAAAAAGAUAGGCGCAGCAGAAAUAUCUCUUCUUUGCUCGAUGUAUCCGAAUGUAUUUACGCCAGAAAUGGACUACAAGCCAUAUGUACCCUGCUAUAUAUACACGAGCCCGCCUGUAGCUGUCAUAGGAUACACAGAAGAAGAGGCUAUUAAGCGCUACACAAAAGUAAGAACUACAAGCUCGAAGUUUAGAGGACUUUUUUACUCGGUGUGCCAGAACAAAGUGCCAACAGACUACAAAAUUAUAUAUGCAUGCGACAUUGAUAAGGAAAUAAACAACGAGGAGAAGCUAGUUGGGCUGCACUUGUUUGGAAAGAGCAGCAUCGAUGUAAUUAAAGGAUUUGCGAUAGGAAUGCACUGCGGCAUUUCACCGGAAGAGAUUCUGAAAACAAUUCCAAUACAUCCCACGUCCUCAGAAGAGGUAAUAACUGGAUGA